AUGUAUGAGGAUAUCAAGGAUGAGGAAACUAAAAACAGUAUUGAAGAUAAUCUAAAAUCAUUUCUGGAAAACAUUAUUGUUCGGGACAUAAAGCAAACAAAGGAAAAACUUAAACUACAAGAGUAUGAUACGUUUGAGAAAGGGUUUGCAAUAUAUUUUACGAAUCCUCUGAAUUUUCUGGCAAUUCUGAUUUUUGGAAUUGGGAUGGACUGUUGUAUACUGUUUGAGAAACUUGACAAGUUCACCUUUGUAAUAUUUGGUAUUGUUACAUUGCAAAAUAAUAUUUAUGACAGAUCACAAUCUGCACAAUAUGUCAUAAAAUUAGCUUUAAGAGCAAUAGGUGAAUUAUUGGGAGUGGGCUCUUUCGAAAAAGAAGAAAUAUUAUCGACAUAUUCCAAAUCCAAAAUAUCUUUGACUUUCCAUUUCUUCAAGCCGAGCAACAAUUGUGCAGCAACUUGAAACGAUACAUAGUCAUGACACUUUACACAAUGAUAUUGCUCAAAGGAAUAUCCUGGAGCUAAAAAAUCGCUGAUUCUUUUUAUUGAUUUUUCUUUUCUUAUUUGCAUCACAAGUAUUCCAAGCCACAUCUUGACUAUGAUAAUGGUCAUAAAAAACUUUCUCAAAGAUUCAAUCACCUAUGAUAGCAAUUCUCUUGCAAUUAUUUUGAUGCUGCCAGUCUUUACUGAACUCUACUUUCUCUUCCUCUUCCUUGAAGAAUAAUCAUCAUCAUAAUCGUCAUCAGAG